AUGAUGAGAGUAUGGAUGAUCAUUAAUAUACUGCUACAAUUAGUGCGUACAAGGAUGGAAUUAUCUGACAUACAGGAUAUACAAGGGACACUCAUUGAUGAUCAGAACAGGUUUAUAAUUAAAUCAUCAGGACCACUCAACCCAUUACAUGGAUACAUUUACAUUAAUAGGUCAUAUAUGCAUAAUAAACGGUUUUACUCACCUGAAAUUAAAACCAGCUACACCAUGAAAGUAUCCCAGAAUAAGAGCAGUACCACACCAGAAUACGUAUACACAAGAACCCCAGUACACGAUAAAGUAUACACAGACUUACGCACAGGAGGUGUAACUGAGAAGUAUUUAGGGAAGUACCAUACGAGGAUACUUAAAAUGUUCCCGUCAUGUGAUGGGGUUAUUUCGAUUACGUCAAGUAUACCUGACUCAUUAUUUACGUUCUUAAAGGCCCAGUCGACUGUACCGUAUACUAAGUACAUACUUGCAUCAUUAUUACUUCUAGGGGAGGGUGCAGACAUUAGAAUACGCAUUGAUUACAGUGGGAGUAUAAAUAGACUUAUCCUGUAUAACAGAGACAGCACUAAGAAGUUCAUUAAUGUCCCGUUAUACGUUAGGGUUACAGAUACAGCCACAGGGAGUAUUAAGGACAAGUAUCAAUCAGAAGUUGUAGAGACGGUUAAUUUCUUUGUACAGUGCAGGACCCAUCCGCACUUAAGGAAACAGGGCGAGUUCAGUGAGCCAAUUACAAGGGAAGGUUUCUUAUCGGGUAAGUUCAUGAACAGUGCCCGGUUCCUGAUCCAGUCGUAUAUUUUCGAAUUUAUUCAGAGCCGAUCGGAGUAUAUCGAAUUUAUACGGGCCGUGUAUGAAAUAUUAGAUGACCACCUCACAGGAGAGUCCGUGCAUAAGAAGAAGUCUUCAUGGCGUAGAUUAUUUAAUGCAUGCUUCACAUAUAAAGAUGAUUUAAGCUCAGAAAUGGCGUAUGUCAUGCCGUUUUAUGCGAUUAAUAAGAGACUGUCCCUGUAUAGAACAUUCCCACUUCAAGCCCAUGGACAAGUACCUACACCAACAAGAGUCCCUGUUUAUAUAAGACAAGAUCGGGCAUUCUCCAGGGAUAAUAACGAGCAGUACAGUAAUUGUGCAGAAUCAGCUAUUCUAGGCCUAUUCUACUGCUUAGUGUAUGAUGAGCAUACUAAUACGUAUACAACAGCACACAUAAGGAGUGCCUCAUCAGACUUAAUUAGAUUCUUUAAGGUGUACACUGCACCCAGUGACUGUACAGAUAUGGACAAGCACAGAUUAUGGUGUACAGUCGUAUCUGAUUUAGAGGACAUGCAGGUACAGUACCGUAUACGUAAUAAUAAUAUCAUGAGUGGCCUCAUAAAUAUUUACAGGGUUAUAGCAGGCGUAACCGGGAGGACACUCGAAUUAUCCGGGGCACUGAAUGAUUUACACAAACUAAGCAUUAAAUCAGUCCUAUCUGAGAGUGACACUAUUUAUAUACAGGAGAGUAUUAAGUCCUUAUUACUGCCUAUAUGUACGUAUACAAGCAUACGUAUUAUAUGUACAUCCAUGGAGUGCACUAAACUAGCAAAUGGUUCAUCAGAUAUAAUCGGCAAUGUACGCAUAAUAUUCACAUCUACAGCCGGGUUACAUAAUGAAGUAUGCUUAAUGAUCCAGGAUAAGCAUACUAAACUUACCUUAAUAACAGACAACCACAAUAACACACAGAUAAUUAAUGAACUAACCCAUCUUAUGCAUACGUAUACGGGUAUAAACUGUUUUAUAGUGUACCUCAUCACAGAGUGCAUUAAUAAUGAGAUUAUACAAGUAUCUUCAGGAUACGCACAUGAACCAUACGAGUCCAUUAAUGAGAUCAGUGCACUCAUCAGGAACCAGGAUAAUUCAAGUGUAUUACGUACAUUCCUGUGUAAAAGUAUCAAUAAUAUCGAGUAUAAGUCAUUAUUCAUACUGGCAUUCUUAACACAGACACUGUCCGUAUACGUACCGUAUAAUAAUAACGUACUAAGGUUCACGCAUAACCUUAUAGGGAGUACUUCAUUAGAUGAUACAAGUAUACGUAAUAAGAUACUGUAUGGUUUCAUAUACAAUAAUAACCAUAAAGUAUACUACCCAGAUGUAGAGUAUACAAGUACUGAUUUAUGCAGUAUUAGUGUACAUGAAGUAUCUUAUAUAUAUAAUUAUAUAAUGGGAUUGAGUGUGGUGCCCAUGGUAGAGUGUUUAUGUAGAACCGUACAAGUAUCUAGACCAGGCACGUAUGUAUAUAAUAUACUGUAUGGUAAUUUACAAUCAGAAGUAUUCAUAUAUAAAGUAGUUAAGACUGGUUGUAUAAAUCAGUUAGUCAGUAUAUAUAAUACGAUUACUACGUAUAAUACAGAUAGUUUAUGCAUUAAUCAUACUGUAUGUUGCUGGUUUACGUAUAUAUGUAUACAUUAUUCAUAUAAGUAUGAUUAUAUUAAGUAUAUAUACAGUAUUAUACUAUCAAGAAGAGUGCACAGAGAGGCAGUUAAUAAGAUGAUUAGUUCUGGGUACAUCAAGGAAGCAGCUUAUAAUUUCAAAAUGGCACGGGAUGUGCUGUGUACAGGGAACGAGUACAACAGGAUUAUAUAUGAAGAAAUGGAUAGGGUCAUAACAGAUACUAAUAAUCAGUACACUAAGCAUAAGAAUGGGCAUAAAUUAGUAUUUUAA